UUCUCGGUCAAACGUGACUGGGUACGUGGUGCGUGGUCUUUUCUCUCUUCUGCGAAGCGGCAAGUACGUCAGCAGCACCAGCAGCAGUGUGUAUAAUAGUGCGACAGAACCGAAAGAGCCGAUCCACCGGACAAGCUGCAACUAUAUAUGUAUGUAUUGAGUGUAAAACCCGGGAGGGGAGCUUCUUAUUUUAAGUCCUCGUCUAUCAGCAAAGCAAAUUCCCCGGACGCAUAAAGGAAUUAAACCAAUUCAAAGCGAGAAUCGACCCCAAGCAGCAGCAGCAGCAGCAGCAGCAGACGCAUGUCCCUCAAUAGCUCCGAGGCGGGGUGGGGGCAGCAGCAAUUGUCUCCGGCACCUAUUGCUGCUGCUGGCCCGAGGUCACGGCCCGUAAGGCCGGAGAAUCCCAUGGCAGUGAGGUCGCGGCCCAACCAGCUGGUGCCGUCUCGUCCCUGCAGGCCCAGGAUGACGAACCCAUCAUCAACAGCGGCAGCGGUGGCUGCUGCACCUGCACACGGCAGGAUGAGGCAGUGGCCUGCAGGCAACAGAGAGCUGCUGCGGAGGGCGCUGUCGCCUCCCCUGCGGCUGCGGUGUCCGCUGGGUCUGAGGCGCUGGAGCUUCAGGCCUAUGCCCAGCCGCCUCUGCCAAAUGUCGCUGGACUAAUUCUAUUCCUAUUAUUACUUGCAAGUCGCAAAUUUUUGUCCCCUGCUCUCUUGCCUGUAGCUCUUUUCUUUUCUUCUCUCAUUCAGUCUUCUUAGACAAUGAUAUGUAUGUUUGUAAUUAGCUAUUAAUAAAUAAACACAACCAAGUUACUAACAAGUGCAUUCCGCAUGAUCCAUUGCAUAUAUAUAUAUACACACACAUAUAGAAGAAUUAGUAUCUCUACUGACACUGAUUAAGGAGCCAGCCACAGGCUGCUCAAACAGAGCAAUUCCUUACACUCUAGUUUGUAACGGCAAAAUCAGAGAAUCUAUAUCUCUCAAAAAAAAAA